CCAUGACCAUGGCCCCUCCUCCCCCACCCUCUUUCUCUUCCUCUUCUCGGAUAUUACCAAAAAGAACAGACAGUCUACUCGUGAAUCAGAAGAACGCCCAGCUCUUCGGUACGAUUGAGGAUGAAGUCCGGGACUGUCGGCGCGUGGGGACGCAUGGGCAGGAGGAGGAUCUGAGGCAGGCCUUGGAUCGGAUGAUUGGACGGGUGGAGGAGCUGUGUAACCUUCUAAAACAAUCCUAUCAGACCUCCGCGGACCUCGAAACCUCCCUCACCCUUGCCCAAUCCAACCUCCAACUUUCCAUUGCCAACAACGAAAUGCUAGAAGAUGCACUCCGACGAAACUCCUCCUCCAAAGACGUAGGUUGGCGUCGAUCCGCGCGAGAUCAGUCUCAACCUUCCGCAUCUGGACGUAACACUCCUAUGCAGCCGUCCGGUCGACCGAGUUUGGACGAGGCCGAAGCGAGAAACGGCUCGCUGGAAUCUCCGCCUCUGAGCUCCACCACUGCGCCCGAAUCGGGUAACCCAACUACCCCGACAGUUUUAACGCCAACGACGGCACCUCCUCCCUCCGGCGACUCCCGAUUCUUCAGAUUCAGGUUCAACAGCACUCGAUCGAUACCUACGCAGCCUUCCUCCCCCGACCUUACGAACAGUUCGAAUCCGGGCACACGGCCACCUAGCAGCUCUAAUCCACCUCCACCCUCCGGUACGGGUGCUGGCGCGGUUGGCCACCUGACCUCUGCGAGCUUGCCUUCAUUACUACCGGAUCCGGCGCAGGAGAAGGAAUUGGAGGAGUUGAGGAAGAAGCUGGAGGAGGAGAGGAAGAAGUAUGAGAGGAUCUGUGGAGAGAAGAAGAACUUAGAGGGCGAGUUGGAGAGUCUGAGCCAGGCACUAUUCGAGGAGAUAUCCUCCUUGCGUGCUACUCGAGAAGCCACUUCGUCGUCGUCGGCCUCGUCCCUCUCAUCUCUCUCAUCAGGGCCGCUAUCUCCCAUCGCGGAAUGAGACCCACGCUGGCAUGCAGACCAGUUGCUUCACCGUGCCUUUCGCAGAGCUGUGCUCGUAUUCGAUGUCUGCUGGUCUUUGACGGACAGAUGGACAGAUAUAGCAUCGUUGCGUGGUGCCACGCUGGCUGCACCACUCCCCACCACUCGUUAUAAUUCAACUAUCUUUAUUUACUCUACCUUCGCUUUGGCAAGCCUAGACUAUUGCUGACCUAUCUUAUUUUCCGCUUAUUGCGCCCACGACCAC